AGAGAUAGGCUUGGAAAAUGCAACUGACUCCCCUGUUUCCUGGACCCCAUAUUCCUGCCCCAAUGUCAGUACAUGUCAUGUGGGUCCUUCUCAAGACAGGAGUUAAACAAGACUCAGAUGCAUUAGCUGCUGGGAUGAGAAAUGAGUGGGAAAGAGGUUAUAUGGAGAAGGAAAGAAAUAGUGUUCACCGAAGCUGCAUCGAGAAGGACGUGAGAGGAGCGGCAGGCGGACUGAGAGGGACGCCGACACUGGGGCGUAGCCGCUCGCCGUUGAGUCGAGCCGCUGCUCGUGGGGACCGAGGGCUUUCACCGAGCUGCUCUGGUUACGCUGCGGAGAUGAGCGCGCGGCGUCCGCCUCCUGCCUGGGAGAAAGAGCAUCUCUGGUUCUACCUUCUGGCGCUGGACUUCGAUCCCACGGGAGCCGCCGCCGCCGCGGCAAAAAUUCCCACCCCCCUCCGUCUGGGCGUGAACAUGUCUGAUAAACCAAACAGAGAUGCAUUUCAUAUUGUUGCAUGGUUCUUGUUUUCAAAAUUGGACCCAUCACGUUGUAAUGAGAUAUUCAGAUUUCGUUUUCCUCCCCCAGAUAAAAAGGCAGAUUCUGAAUUCAGGAAGCAAUGUUAUGAAUGGCUAAGAAGAAUUUCAGAUGAAUGUGGAAACAACUUUCCUCCAGUUUUUGCAUCAUUAUUCCUUUCUCCUGGUGGACCUACGUUCAUUCAUUUAAUGUUCCACUUUGCCAGAUAUGUCUUAAUGCAUCACAUUAAAGCAGAUUCUUCAGGUAAGCCGUAGUGUAUGAUGCUGUUCUUGGAAUGUUUUCUCUUCCAGGAUGGCACAUGCUCUAAUUUGGAGGAGUUUAUGCUGUUAAGGAAUUUUGCCGCAUAAAUGCAGAACCCCUGUAAGUUGUAGUGGCUAUGAAGACGUGCAGGGAGAGCCCCCACUUUUUUUAAAAAAAGGAGUGUGUUUUAGAAUGCUUCUAGCAUUCUCCUGCUGCAUGGGAAGAUGUGCAUGGCUAUAGCUUCAUCUUCAUGCAGAGUAAAUUUUCUUGGUCAGUAGAAAUGCCCCACUUUGUCCUGGUCCUGUGUGGCCUCAUGAAGCAUCUAGCCUUACUACUAGGUGACAGCUCCCAUUCACUGUUUAAAGAAUCCUGCUGUCUACUGAUGUAAGCAGCAAAUUGGCAUGGGUCAACCUA